AUGCUCGCAGAAUCGUGUUCGCCAAUCUCACUGCAAAAGCACAACAUCAGUGGGCCAAGUGGAGGCCAAAGUCUCAAAGUCUAUUCAACCUUCUCGACGCUCAGCCGCACGUCACCGGUCUGCCAUCCAUCAUCAGAGUUCGGACAAUCCCGUUCCACGCCUCAGCCGACACACUGUUACAACCUGAAUCCACGACUGUGGAGUCCUCAGGUUCCUCCACCGCGCAGGUUUGGUGGGAUGAUACAAGACAGGCCUCUGGCUACCAGUACAGUACUCCUAUUAUUCCGGGUCCUUCGGAUCAGUGACGAGUCGGCGUGCUUGAUUCAAAUGCGUGCCUCCCCCUCCCCCUCUGGGCUCUCGGAAGCUCCCCAAGCGAAGCGUGCCGCGCAGACGCUACAGUACGGGCAGGCCGGCGAUCCCUGUCAGCAGCAUCCAUGUCACCUCGAGACGACAGAGACACGGAGCCACGAGAGAGAGGGAAAGCGCAAGAGUAAGAGGAAGGAGAAGCUGAGACUACAGCAGCAGCAGCGGGAGAUCCAGCAAGUUACGUUUAGCAAGACCAACAAGUCAAGUCGUUUGGGCCUUGCCACUCCGUCCUCCGUCCUGACCGCGGCAGCGAGCUUCCAGAAGGUGUCCGCAACCCACCUUGAAGAGAACAGGAAGAAACACGGCUGCAUCGGAGUACUAGUAUCUGAGACAACGGCGAUUGCUUUCCCCAUCCUGAUCCUGCUCCUGCCGGAUGCCCCACCAAACCAACGGGCAGCCACAGGUCCCAAGUGA